AGAUUAGAGGUGGUCGCUAGUAAGAAAAAGAAACUCGAAAGGUUUGGAAUGAAUAAAAGUGAAGAUGGAUUCCGAUUCAAACUAAAUAAACACCUAGUAGGAUAUCAUAACACGGUCCGUGAGGAGAUUGUGUUGGAUGCUCCUGAAUCCUUUAUCAAUUGGAAUAUUCCACCUCCGCCCCCACUCAGACAUCAUGGACCCCUGCUUCAACUUGAUGGUGUAUAUUUUACAUAUCCAAAUUCUUCCAAGCAGGUGUUGCGUAAUGUCUCUUUGAGCAUUUCACCGAAUUCGAGGAUUGGAUUUGUGGGCGCGAAUGGUGAUG